GGUCGAGCCUUGCAGAGAUGCCAACUGACCUCCGAAGCCUCCUGUCACUCAACCGUGCCUACCAAGCGUUGCUCGACAACGCCAUAUGUGAGUUGGCAGAAAGGCUAGAAGAGAACAGGCAGCUGAGGAUGGAACUUUUGGCAAAGCUCUCCGAGCGAUCUGCACGACCCGCAAAGCCGAAGGUGCGCAAAAACUGGUACCACUCGCUGGUGUUCCACCACCCAUACUUCAGGGACAUCAAUGGAAUGCGGGCGCCCAUGAACGAAGAUGAGAAGAUCAAGCGAGCCAACAAGGAGAUGGACCCGUACCUCACCCCACCUUUGCAUUGGAGCGCCGAGGAAAACCGCAUGCUGGUGGAAGCAGUGAAGAGCAACGUGCUGCAGCAGAGUCUCGAGUCCAUGAUGGACCGCAAGGAGGCCCUGGCACAGAAGAUUCUGGAGACUGAGGAUCCCGACCAGAUAGCCGAAAUCACCGCUCGCAUAGACCAGCUGGAGGAGCAGAUGGCCAAGACUCGCGAUCUGAGCCUGGAAGAGCUGCUGGAGCAGGCUACGCGCCCCAUUGACUGGCUGCGCAUUGCAGCUGUCGACAUGCGGACGAACCGGACAGCAUUCGACUGCGAGGCGAGGUGGCGCAACCUUCUGGACGUGCGCCUGAACCAGGGCCCCUGGACGCCCGAGGAGGACGAGCGCCUGGCAACCGUGGCCGCCAAGUGGAAAGGGCGCAACUGGGACCAGAUUGCCCAGGAGUUGAAGACCAACCGCAGCGCGUACCAGUGUGCGCAACGCUACACGAGCCAUCACGUGAGGUGCCACAACACGGGCUCCUUCACGGAGGAGGAGAACCACAAACUAAAGCGCCUCAUCUCCGUCUGCUCCGAUGGGGACAACAUAUCCUGGUCACAGGUGUCUCACUAUAUGGACUCCCGGUCUAAGAAGCAGCUGAUAAACCGCUACCACCGGUCCCUGCAUCCGAACAUGCAGCGGGGCCGCUGGUCAGCGCAGGAAGAUGUCAUGCUGCUCGUCGCUGUGAAGCUGUACGGGGACGUUAGCUGGUCCAAGGUGGCAAGCAUGGUGCCCGGUCGUACACACGGCCAGUGCAGGGAUCGCUACAUGGACAACUUUGCCCAGCGGUUUGUCUCGGGGCCGUUCACUUCGGAUGAAGACUGCACGCUGCUGCAGCUGGUGCAGAAGUACGGAGCUGGCCACUGGGCCAUG